CGAUGUUUAGAUUUUGGCAGUGGCGAUUGAACUGUCAAGCAGUAAACGAUUUUUAAACUUUAUGAACCUUUCCUUUUAAAAGAUCACCGCGUAUUUACCUAUUACACUAGCUAACUAACUUUAUCCAGAGUACCACUGCAUAUCUUUGCUAUACAGCGUCAGUUAGCUAACUAGCUAGCUAAAAAGAACCCUAGCAACCUGGUGAUUGAUAAACUGGCUAGCGAGUUGUUGAUGUUAGCUAGCUAGCUAACGUUAGCGUGUGCAAAUGACACCCACCAAUGUUUAAUAACAACGAUGAGGAUCUUGUCGAAGAUGUGGCAAGUUUAAGGAAUCAAUUACGAUUGACUGAGAUUAGUUUGCAAAGUUUGGGAGAACAAUUAAGUCACUCAGGACAUGAAAGUCACAGUGAGCGCUCUGAGAAGAGUUUAGUCGAUGGGUUGCCAGGUCUUCUGUCUCUAGAGGACCUGCAGCGGCCUGAUGUCCCUCAUCCUCCACCUGGCAACCCAAAUCUUGAGCGACCCCUCCACAGGAGUAGGACAGCUGAGAGACAGGCCUGUGAAAGCCUACCCAGUACUGACUCCAGGUGCUCCUCAUCCAGGGCAGUGAAGAUGGAGGUUGCCCCCCUCAGGAAGAAGCUAGGCUGCCUGCGUCAGGAGAAUGCCUCCCUGGCUGUGGAGAACAGACAGCUCAUCAGUGACCUGGAGGCGGCCCAGAUUGAACUGGCCAGCUCUAAAACCAAGGUCCGUCUCCUGGGCUCCACAGUAGGGGCUAAGACCUCCAGUGUGACCGUCAUGAGGGAGCAGAUCCUGGGCUUGGAGGCCGAGGUGGAGGCCCAGGCCAAAGAACUCCGGACUGCAGAGUUGAAGGCAGAGCAGAGCCAGCAGGCAGCAGCCCAGAGUGACAGACAGGUAGCCGAGCUCAGAGACGAACUGAGCAUGCUCAGAACAGAGCUUACCGACACAACCAGACAAGGAAAACGAGCGGAGCAACAAAGGAACCAAGCCCUUCGAAAUGCAGAGAAACUCACAGACGCUUUCAAAGACUACAAGACAAAUAUUUCCAUUAAGCUGAAAAAGGUCAUGGAGAGCGAGAGCAAACUGAAGGAGAGUCUGAUAGUGUGUGACCGAGAGAGAGAGGAGCUGGAGAGCAAGUGCACCGUGAUGGAGAGAGUGCAAGAGGAGCAGGGCCAAACCAUCAGUGAGCUGAAGGAGGAGAUCACCCAGGCACGCACACUCAACACAAAAACCUCUGAGCUUCAGGGACGUCUGGAGGAGGCUACCCAGCGGGCCUCGCGGCUGGAGAUGGAGCUGGGGGAGCGGGCCUUGGCGGCCAGGGAGCUGACCUCUCUCCACAGGGAGACAGAGGACCUCCGGGCCCUCACCCAGUGCCAGGAACACAGGCUGGCCCAAUGCCAGAGAGAGGCCCAGCAGAGCCAGGCUGAAUUAGCUAGUCUGGAGAGCAUACUGGCUUUGCUGCAUCUCCGAGAGGGCGAUGAGGGACCGCUCUGUGUGAAGCCCUGUAUGCUGCCCCCAGUGGAUUACAUAGGAACUACAGACCUACUCCGACCCAAGCCAGGUGAGCACUACCAGCAGCUGCUCCCAGUGCUCCAGGCGGUGGAGGCAGAGCGGGGCAGACAAAGCUCCCUGGCCUCCAGGCUCCAGGAGAGGCUGUCUAAAGCCCAGGAGGAGGUCUCCUCCCUGCACAGCUCCAUGGCCCAGAGGGCCUCUCACUACCAGCAGGUCCACAGCGAGCUGCUAGAGAGGGCCAGCCAGGCUACCGAUGCCGAGAAGGAGUUGAAGAAGAAGAGUGCUCGUGUGGCGGCUCUGGAGAAACAGCUGCAGGAGAAGAGCUCUGCCUACUCGCUGGCCGCCCUGAAGAACACUCAGCUGGAGCAGGAGCUGCUGGAGAAGACAAGUGGUAUCCAGCACUACCAGUCUGUGAUGACCAAGAAGCAGAGGGACUUCCAGCAGGCUCUGGACAAAAGUAAAAAGGACUGUGCUGACCAGUGCAAGGAGCUGCAGGAUAGAGUGAAAGUGCUGCAGUUGUCUCUGGACCAGACCCGGGCCCAGCUCUCAGAGCUGGAGCAGGCUGUGUGUUAUGCCCAGAGGGAGAGACACGAGGCCCAGAGCACAGCCCACCUGCUGCAGGUCUCCCUGGACCAGCUCACGCAGGAGAGAGAGACCACAGUGAGACACAGUGAGGAGGCUCUACAGAGUGUCAAAGAGCAGGCCACAAAGUCUUCCACCAAGGUGAGGCAGCUGGAGACAGCCCUGUCGUCCUGCAGAGAUGAGCUGAGCUCCUACCUACUGCAGAUGGAGGACGCUAAGGAGCGCUAUCAGAGACAGCUGGACGUCAAGGUCCAAGAGCUGUCGUCUCUGCGGGAGGAGUUGCGUGGCAGUACUCUGGUGUGUAGUCGCUCCAGUGAGCAGUGUGUCCAGCUCCAGUACUCUCUGCAGCGGCAGCAGAGCAUGUUACAGGAGAGCAGCACCCGUGUGGCCGAACUGGAGGAAAGCCAGAGCCAGCUACAGGGACAGGUGUCUGCGUUGGAGCAGGAGUUGGAGCGUGCGCGCUUGUCUCUGGAGGAGGAGCUGAGGAGGAAAGAGAAGGAGGUGCAGGAGGCUGACAAGGAGGUGCAAGAGAAGAGGAGACAGGCUGCACAGCUCUCUGGCUCUGUCACUCAGCUGUCGUCUGAGAUGAAUAAGUGUCGUGGGGAGCUGUCAUCCAUGGAGCAGGAGCUGCAAAGGCUGCGGAGGGAUGCCAGCAUGAAGUCCUCCCAGCUCAGCUGCAUGGAGGAGACCCUGCAGCAGACCCAGGGCCUACUGGAGAAGAAGAAUGACGCGGUUGUGGACUUGGAGGAGAAGCUCCACCGCUGUGAGGAGGACAGGCGGAACUCUGUGCAGCGGGCGCAGACUCUGGAGGGACAGCUACAGGGGGUGCGCGGUGAGAUGCACGACACCCUAGAGAACCUACAGGAGCUGAGAGACCUGUUACAGCGCACGCAGCUCAGCGCAGACGAACGACAGACAUCACUGGAGAAACUGUCCGCCGAGCUCAGGGAAAGCCAGAUGGAGUUGGAGGAGAGGAACCACGAGGUGUUGGACAUGGACACAGCAUUGAAGGAGAGACAGGGGGAGCUCCAACAGAGAGCACAGCUGCUGGGCCAGUUGGAUGUGGCCAUCAGAGACCAUAAGCUGGAGAUGGACAAGAAGGUUCAGUCCCUACAGCAGGCUCUGGAUCAGAGAGAGAGAGAGGUCAAAGACCGAGACAAACGGGUAGAGUUUUUGAGUGAGAGGUUAGACCUGCUAAAAGCACAACUACAAGGGAAGGAGGAUUCUGAGAAGGACUCUCUGGGGCAGGGCCAGAACCUGCGUGUGUGUCGGGAGGAGCUGCAGAGAACAACGCAAGAGCUCCAGAAGACGACGCAAGAGCUGCAGGACACACAGACUCGCUGCGAGAGCCUGAUAAGAGAGCUGGACAGCAUCACUCAACAUGCCAGGGAAAAGGAGGUGCAGGUGAGGAGUCUGGAGGAGAAGCUGUCUGCCAGGGAGGGCCGCUGGGUCCAGGGGGAGGCCAGACUGCAAGUCACCAUCUCCUCCCUACAGCAGGAGCUGGAGCAGGAGAGGGAACAGCACAGCAAGGAGCUUUGCUCCCUGCAGCAGACGCGGGGCCAGCUUCUGAAGGUGUCGGAGCAGAUGAGCUGCAGCCUGCGGAGCUCCCAGGAGCACCUGGCCUCCAGACUGCAGCAGAGCCAGCUGCUGCUAGAGCAGACCAGGGCCCAGGUGGCCCACCUGCAAGCCCAGCUCCACACCAACCAGACCAGCCUGCAGAGCGCCCGCGAGGCCCUGCUCAUCAAGGAGUCAGAAGUCACCCGCCUACAGGCCAGAAUUUCCAGUCUGGAGAGAGCUACAGAGCUGCACCAUGCCACAUUCCACCUUCACCCAGAGAUCACCCUGCCCUCAUCCCCUCCACCCCCUCACACACACCACCAUUCUCCCCCACACACUCACUCAUGCACCCACUCUCCUCAUAAACACACCCGCUCCUCCCCACCCACACACACCCACACCCCUCACAAACUCUCCCAUCACUCUCCACCACCCACUCACUCUCACACCCGUUCCCCUCCAUCCCCACACAUACAACACUACUCCCCUCCUCGCCCGCCCCAAACCCACAGUCCAGACUGGCCCGUGGAGGGCAGCAGUGUGGACUCCUCCCUUGAUCUCCCUCAGAACCUGAAGGCCACGUUACGGGAAGCCCUGGGUCAACACCUCCCCUGGGACACCUCCUUUCUGUCCCCCACCCCUUACCAGCCUGACCACAGCUGGCAGGGCCUCAGCCGCCUGGAGGCCGCCUCUGCCUCAGACCUCUCCUUCAACCCCCUCACCUACAUGGUGGACAAAAUGUCGGAGGAGAAGGAGGGGAGAGACCCAGAAAGAGAGUCCCUCCUCAGGCAGGAGACCCAGGAGGAGAUGGACAUGAGCUCCCUGACGGGCAUGCUGAGGUUUGUCAACCAGACACUGGCCCUGCAGGAGGACCCAUCCCUCUGGGGCUCCACGGGCCUCUCAGAGGCUGAGCACACCCUCACACUGCAGGGGGACCUUAAAGAUGGUGGAUGCUGUUCUACGGGGAACGUGUAACAGUGGGAUCCAUUUAGACUUUUGCACUGUCGUUUUUGAAGACAUUGUGUGUGUGUGUGUGUGUGUGUGUGUGUGAGUGUUUUUUAGUGUGUGUUUGUGAAUGAAGCAUCAGGCCACACUACUGUCUGGUAGGAAUUGGUUUCAUUACAUUUCACUCCAGCUCAGGCUUGCCCUGGAUAUGGCUGCCAAGCUUCAUGCUCUUUUACCUAGACACAUGUUGUAUAUACAGUGAGCUCCAAAAGUAUUAGGAUAGUGACACAUUUGUUGUUGUUUUGGCUCUGUACUCCAGCACUUUGGAUUUGAAACGGUACAAUGACUGUGAGGUUAAAGUGCAAACUGUCAGCUUUAAUUUGAGGCUAUUUUAAUCCAUAUGGAGUGAACCGUUUGGGAAUUACAGCACUUUUUGUACAUAAGUCUCCCCAUUUCAGGGGACCAAAUGUAUUGGGACAAAUUCACUUAUGUAUAUUAAAGUGUAUGCAUUCACUAAC